AUGGCAUUCAGAACGGGUAAUGACGCCAUCUGGUGCCGAGCGUUCUCGUUAUCCUUGGAAGACGAGGCCCUUGAAUGGUUCAACAACCUGCCUCCCAAUUCCAUAGAGAAUUUCGCAGGACUAAAGCAGCUAUUUAUCCGGCAGUUUGCGGCUAACAGCACACAAGACUUGACCGUGUUCGAGUUAGUCAACCUGAAACAAGGAAAGGAAGAAACGCUGAGAGCGUUCAUAGACCGGUACCAGAAAACCGUCCGGCGGGUGAAGGCGUUAAGUCCGGAGCUCGCCCUCCAUUACAUCCUACUCGCCCUCAAGCCCGGACCAUUCAAAGACAGCGUCUGUCGGCGAGCCCCUAAGACUAUGGAGGAGUUAAGGGAGCGCGCGGCAGACGAGAUAAGGGUUGAGGAGAUGAAGUUGUCUUACAAAAACGAAAAUCAGGAGCUGUGGGGCGAGAAAAUGGACAGGGGCAAACCCGGUAAUUCGGCCGGAAAACCGGGCGGCAGCAGGCAGAAGGAACCCCGCCGAGGGCCCCGAUUCCAGCAAUAUACCCCCCUUAACGCUCCCCAGGAAAAGAUCCUUCGGGAGGCGCUCAGCGCAGAUCUGCUCCCGGAGCCUAUGAAGCGACCAAUGUAA